AUGUGUGCUGCAGCUCCGGCGACCUUUCUUCUGCUUACCAACAAGCAGGCGCAGCAGCAGCAAAAGCAGCAGCAGCAGCAGCAGCAAAAGCAACAGCAGAAGUUCAGCUGCUGGAGGCUCCACCGAUUGCCCUCUGUCGCUCUUUGCGCUGAGCAGCAGCAGCAGCAACAGCAGCAGCAACAGCAGCAGCAGCAGCAAGAUCAGCAGCAAAGAGAGAAUGUCUAUAUUUGGGGCAGUCGCUUGUCUUUCCCUGGGGGGGCCGCUUCUGACCUCCAAACCCCUACCGAGGCAGAAGCGCUAAACGCCCUUGCAACCAGUUGGCAUGCCAUUUCAUUCGGGCCUCAUUUUGGGGCUGCAAUACCUGGAGAUGGUCGCAGCUGCGUGGUGUGGGGUUCGCUGCAGCAGGAAGACAGCGAACCAGUAUUUGUCUCACCUUUCGUGCUGCAGCUCCCUCAAGGCGCAGCAGCAGCAGCAGACGUGCAGUGUUCGGCGACAGAAAUAUUUGUGUUGGACAGAGAGGGCCGUAUCUUCGUCAUAGACGACGUGCUGCCCCUGCUGCAGCAGCAGCAACAAGAACACCACCAGCAGCAACAGCAACAGCAGCAGCAGCAGCAGCAGCAGCAGCAACCGUUUAGGCAGCUAAAGGGACUGCCUGUUAAGGGUUUCUUGUGGGGGGAUUUCAUCGUUAAGAUGGCCAUUGGAGCCAAUCACGCUGCUUUCAUCUCACAAAAAGGCAGACUUUGUAACCCUGCUGCUCCUGCUGCUGCUGCUGCUGCUGCUGCUGUUGCUGCUGCUGGUGUUGCUGCUGUUGCUGCGUGUGUUGGUGCUGCUGUUGCUAUUCUAUCGCUGCUCCUAUCGGUGGUAUUGCCUGAAAAAGCGAAGGCAGCGGGCGCUGCAUGCGGCGAUCGACAUACUCUUGUGCUGGCUGCAGAUGGCAGCACUUUUGCGUUUGGUGACGACUCAAAGAUCCAGCUGGCGAUUGGAGACACUCGGGGUCCAGGAGGCGCAGAUGUGGGGACUACCUAUAAAGACAGGAUCGACAUGGCGGGAGUUAAGGCUCCGAUCCGGCGGGCUGUCUCCUAUGGCACGAUGGAGAGACACAUUCAGUACAAGCCCAUACCUUCUCUCAAGCCCAAUGCGGCUGUCUGCCCUGAAGCUGCGCGAGGGUUGGCAACGGCAGUGGCUGCGAGCGACUUUUCUUCCAUUAUUUUAUAUCAGGAAGGUGAUGCAGCAGCGGGGGGAGGUAGAAAUGCCCUGUUGUGCUGCGGCGAGACAACACGCGGCCAGUGCGGCAGGACGCUGCAGCAGCAGCAGCAGACGCUGCUUCCGGUGCAGCUGCCGCGCUCACUGUCUCCUCCCUUCUCUGCUGCUUUUGUCUCCGAUGUCUCUUGCGGCUCUUCACAUUGCAUUGUUUCGCCAGCCCGUUGCGUGCGGCUGCCUUGGGGGGUUGGUGGAGGACCGCAAGACACAAAAAAGGAGACAGUAAAAACAGCAAAGGAGACAGAAGGAGACAGAAAUGCAGAGAGAAACCGGCAGCCAAUGGUCGUAUCAAGGCUCAGCUGCGGGUUCUCGAACUCUGCCAUCAUCACUAGGGUUUCUCUCCGGCGGCACUACGGCCUGCCUUACCAGCUACCAGCACCAUUAGCAGCAGUAGAAGCAGCAGAGCAGGACCAACCGCAGCAUUUUCAGCACAGCAGCAGCAACAGCAGCAGCAGCAGCGGCGACUGCCAUAUUCCCCGCAGCAGCAGCAGCAGUAGUAGUACUAGUAGCAGCAGCAGAAGCAGCAGGAACAGCAGCAGCAACACGAUCAGCAGCAGCAACUGCAGCAGGAUGGAGGCUCCUCCUGGGCGAGGAAGCCGUCGGCUGCCACCCCUCAAAUCUGCGAGCUCAAUGGGUGGAACUGUAUUUGCUGUGGAGGAGCAAAACAACAGACACCGGGCGUUAGGUAGUGGGGCCCAUUCAGAGGGAUAUGAAGAAGAAUUUGUGUCCGUUGCUACCUCCCCCCAGCCCCAAGCGCAUGCAACAGGGGAACUCUCCUCAGGGGGCCUGCAUGCAGUGACCAUUGGACCACUCGCUGGUCCCACACAGGGUGCGGCACCGCGGGGUUGGGAGCGCAUGCAGCAGACAACUGCAGCGCAACACCCCACAAGGGCGCAGCAGGUGCAGCCGGUGCUGCUAUCUCCUGCAGGGGUGUCUCCUCCUUACUCCGUGCUGCCGGGAGGAGACAGUACAGCGCAUGCAGCAGCAGGGCAGCAGCAGCAGCAGCAGCCGUUGGUGCUGACGGCCGGAGGACCAUCCACGCGCUUUAGUUCCUUCAAGAGCUCAGCAGCAAGAAGAAUAGAUGCACAUCUUAAACAUGGUGUGGGGUCCUUUGUGCUGCUCUGGGCGUCCACCGCCGUCCUCCUCUUUCUUUUCCUACAAGAGCUGGUGUUCAACUUCACAUCGUUCAAUGGCCGUUGCAUCGGUCCCGUCUUAUACCCCCCGUGGACGGAGCCUGCAGCUACUCGCGUGCCGAGGUUGGUGGCCUUUGGUUACGGCGCAUGCGAAACGAACUUGGGGCUGCGCAGCCCAGGCCCAGAAGCAGCAGUGGCAGAGGAAGGAGGAGCAGCAGCACCAGAAGCGGCAGCAGCAGCAGCAGCAGCAGGGGAAGCAGCAACAGAUCAAAGUGUGCUGGAGCAGCAGCUCUUCCCUGCCAAGAGAUGCGCCUGGGGGUCUUGUGCAGGAGACAGAGGGUGGCCGGCAAACCUCGUCAAGAACGGACCGAGAGCUGCAAACCCUGCAUCUUCAGAUUCUCCCAACUCUCGCAUUCUGUCGACUCUUGGAGCCUUAGAUACAAACCUCAUUCGCAACUACGGCGAAGUGUACAGAGUCUUUUGGGCUUCUUUCUUGCACGGAGGUUGGGUGCAUUUGGCCAUUAACAUUUUAUGCCAGGCAGCGGUGCUCUUCAUCCUCGAACCCGUUUGGGGUUUCUGGCGGUGUCUGUUCACGUGGUUGAUCAGCGCUAUGUCUGGAAAUCUCCUUAGUGCUGUCUUUGAUCCUUGUACGACCACUGUGGGGUCGUCGGGCGCUCUAUACGGCCUUUUGGGGGGCCUAGUGCCCUUUACAGUCGAGAACUGGGACUUUUUGCACUAUCCUUGGUGUGUGCUUGCGAUCAUAAUUGUUGUUAUUGCGACAGCCCAACUUAAUAGCAUGGGCGGCUUCUCCACAGUUGAUAACUUCGCUCAUUUGGGCGGAUGUCUUGGUGGUUUGCUCUUUGGGUUUGCCACAAUAUACACCUUGAGACCCAUCAGGAGGCUUUCUUUGUCUAUUUUGUGGGCGCGAGUGCGGCUGCGUUGUUGCCGCUGUUGCCUCUCUGCUUCAAAACGGAGUCUCCUUGCUAGCCGCAUCAGGAGACAGGAGGCAAAGACACAGGCGGAGUUGAGGGAGCUGCGCGCAGAUGGGCCGUCGUUCUUGUGGGGCGGUGUGCUUGAGUGGUUUGUGCGACUCGCGGCUCUUGCUUGCCUUGAUUCUGGUGGAUCUGUUGCUGCUGGUGGAUAUAAGGAUGGUAGUUUGGGCUCUACUGCUGCUGUUGCUGCUGCUGUCGUUGUCGCUGCAGCUGGUAGGACGGCUUCUUUGGUGUUUUUGUGGCUGUACUUGGUGGACCCUGCGUACUACGAGCAGCUGAAGGCGACGGGGCGUAUUUCUUUUUCUGGUUCUGUUGGCUGUCACUGCUGUCGGGUGCCCUCCGCUGUGGAUAUGGAGGCAAGCGAGGCCCUAAAACGCCUGUCUUCCCACCACAGCAUCAAGCUGAACGCGGGCCACUUCUGGUGCUUUGAGAAUGAACUCAAUGCUGAAUACUUUUGCGGAGAGCUCUUCCGAAGGCCCUAA